UGGCAAUUUGGUGUGCUCUCUUGGCAAAGCGCAAACCAGACAACCGACCUGCGCGUCGCUCCGCAUCCAAUCGCAUCUCUGCGAACCCACAACCAUGCAAUCGAUGCUCCUGCUCUUCGCAUGCAGCGCUGUCGCGCUGCUGCCGGCGCCUGCACGGCAACACCGCGCGCGCGGCGUCAUGCGCAUGGGCUGGGGUGACCCGCCGGUGUGGUCCGAGGCGACCAUCAAAUCGAACACCGAGGCCUGCGCCGGCCACCGCGCGAUUGAGCUCGAGGUGCCCGCCGAGACCGCGCAAGCGUUCGAGACCGCGGGCCAGUACGUCCAAUUGACCAUCGGCGAGGAGAAGCCGGGCUUCUACGCCAUCGCGAGCGCGCCAGGCAAAGCCACCUUCGAGUUCCUCAUCAAAGAAAAUGAAGGCAACGCAUACUUAACUAGUUUAAAAAGCGGCGCGCCGGUAAAAUGCUCGGAGGUGUCCGGCAAGGGCUACCAGACGAAGGAACAUUUUGAUGGCGACGGCGGCGCCGUGGCCGCGCAGUACGAUGGCUUCGCGUGCAUGAACGUGUUAUUUGUCGCGGGCGGCAGCGGCGUCGCGCCGCUACGGUCAUGCAUCGAGGCCGGCGUCGCGCUGGAAUUGCCACAGCGCGCUACUUUGUACUACGGCGUCCGGGACGAUUCCGUAUUGGCGUAUCAGGACAAGUUCGACGAGUGGUCAAAGAACUACAACGUCGACGUCGUCACUUGUUUCUCUCAGGGCAGCGGCGGCGCCUUCAAGGGCUACGUCCAGGACGCCAUCAAGGCGAAGGGCGUGGCCGUGCCGCGGAACACGGGCGCGGCCGUCUGCGGGCCGAAGGACAUGUUCACGGCGACGAAGGAACUGCUGACGAAGGAGGGCGUCUUCGAGUCGCGGGUCCUCUCGAACUUCUAACUAUAUUCAGUU